AUGUCUUUUCCACGCCAACAGCGACGAGGCUUUUAUGUGACUAAGGCAUGUACAAAUUGCAAGCAAAAACACGCUAAGUGUUCUGGAAGAGCAACUUGUGAACGUUGUACACUACGUAAUCUUGAGUGUACUUUUAUUGAAUCAGGUAAAAAGCGUGGACCUAAAACGAAUCGUAAACACCUAGAACAGAUCUAUAUUCUUAACGGUCCUGAAAAUGACUUUAAUGGAACGUCGGUGCCAUCUUUCGUAAUCCCUGAUGCCGUGCAAGGUCAUGCAUCAACUCUAUCAUUUUCUGAAUAUCAACAACCAGGUAAUAUUAAUGAAGGUACUUUUUAUUCUGACUCCUAUGAUGAAAAAACCACCCAUGCUUUUCAAGAAGCCGGCUAUCAAGAAGCCGGCUAUCAAGAAGCCGGUUAUCAAGAAGCCGGUCCCUUUUCUUAUCAAACACAAAUUG